AUGGCUGAGAUUCUUGUUCUGACUUGUGCUUCUGGCAAGCAAUGCACUCAGAUUAUCCCGUCGCUCUACGAACAACCUCAGAAAUACCGACUUCGACUUGUCGUGCAUUCGCAAAAGUCGUUUGAGAAACUGGAGAAGCAGUACCCCGGCGCUGAAGUUCUCCAAGCCGACCUGAAUGUGCCUGGUGAUUGUGCUCGCCUUGUCGACGGGGCGACCACAAUAUACUAUGUCAGUCCGACAUUCCAACCACAGGAACAACAUUUUGCGUUCAACGUCAUCGAUGCGGCCAUGGCAGAGAAGGCAAAGCCAAACUCAAAGUUCUCACACUUCAUCCUCAGUUCAGUGCUACAUCCAGAAAUCAGCAAGUUACUGAACCAUGACCGGAAACGAUUGAUUGAGGAGUAUUUGUGCGAGUCUUCACUUUGCUACACCAUCCUUCAGCCUAGCCAUUUUGCUGACAAUGCGAUCGGUCGACUUUUGGCCAAGAAGGACUGCCAGGCGCCCGUGUUCAUGGCUGCACAUGAUCCGGAGGUGGCAUUCUCAUUCUCCUGUAUCCGGGAUCACGCGGAGGCUUCGGUGAAAAUCAUUCAGGAACAGUCAAGGCACUUUUUUGCCACAUACCAGCUUGUGACUACGUGGCCAAUGAAGUACACCCAAUAUGUCCAAUCGAUUGGAGAUGUGUUGGGAAAGACUUUCGAGAUCAAACGUGUCCCGUACGAACAAGCGGUCCAGAAGUAUUGUGAACUUCUCUUUGGACCUGAUCGAGUGCUUGACCAGAGCCUGCGAGAUGCUCCAGAGCGUUUGUUGCUCUACUACAACAGCAGAGGCAUCGUUGGUAAUCCAGGUGUGUUGGAGUGGCUGCUUGGUAGGCCAGCAACCAGUCCGGCCCAAUUGGCGAGCAUGAUGGUCGAGAAAGGGAAAAGCACAUCGAGUUGA